AUGGGUUGUGGGGGAGGGGUGGGGGGGUGUGGUGUUUUUGAGUGGUUGGGGGGGGAGGUUUUUGUAAUUGGGUGUUUAGUGGUAGGGACCGAGGACCGGGACCGAGGGCAGAGGGCGAAGACAGAGGACAGGGGCCGAGGAGAGGGGCCGAGGACAAGGGCCGACUCUCUGCUCCAGAUGAACCUGUUGAAGCCGGGGCCCCUCUGUCUGAGGCCUGCGGGCCCCGAGUUAAAAAGAGGAAAGUGUUUUCUCUGA